GUGUUCCUGAGAUCACAGACAGGAUGGCUUUACCCUGAUUCAGACAGGAUGGCUUUACCCUGAUUCAGUAACGGUGGGGGAAGGACGCACUGCGCAUGGCUCGCAGCAACCAACCCCGUCCGUAGUCAGGCGCAGGGGCCGUUGCCCGUGUCGUUUUCAUGUGUGAGGAGUCAAGGACAGCACGGGGACACGAGGCUGAGAUGCAAAGGGGAGACAUCGACGGACCUGUUCGAGAGGGUUUAAACUGUGCUUCCCGGGAAUGACAACUCGCUUUCCUGAAAAAGAUCGCGCUGUUAGACUGCACCGUGUCGGAGCUGCACGAAGAGAGCACGGCACAAAUAUCCCGGUAGAGCGGCACGAACCCUCGCGCUAACGUGCGUCCGAGCAAACGCGCACGCGUCGCUCAGUGGAACUGCGGCGCGUCCGAAAGCGCUCAACGUCCCGCCGGACCCGUCUGCUUUUCCGUGACCGUUAAGACAGCGCAUGUAUGACCUGCAGCUGCGUCUCACGAUUACAGCACGUGAAUUAUGCACAGGAGACCAUGAAUAAAAGACGGCGCGUCGCACCUCUGCUUCUGAAACCGGCCGGCCGGGACGCGAGCCCGCUUGACCCAGUUUCCGAAAUGAGAAGCAGUUGAAUCUGUGUUGACCGUCAAGCGAAUAGGAGCUUUAACACGUUUAACACGCUAACGGAUCCACUUGCUGCUUGUUUUAACGGACGAUGGCGAUUACAUAAAUUGCCUGUUGGACGCAAACUUGAUAGCCACUUUCGAAUCCUAUCUGUGUGCCAGGGCAAAAGAAACUUAAAAAUGAAUAAGAGGCCUUCUGCACUGAAGAGCAGAAUAAAAUAUUAACUGCUUUUUGUUACGACGCUGCUAAAAGACUUUGCUGCUAGUAAUGUUUUUUGUUGUUGUUGUUGUUGUUGUUUUUUAAAGUCGUCUAGGAGGAGCAACAACGAUGGAAAAAAGAACAUUUUUCGAAUCCUUGACCCCCGUUUUAUAUAUUUCUUGGUCCCGCAGUUUCGUUACGUUCUGUGGGAUAUGUCGAGUACCUUCUGAGGCUCAGGGAUGCUUGUCAUCGACAUCCUCUUCAGCACAUACAGAGUCUGCUUUAAAUGGAUUAUAAUAUUGCUGCACAAUUAAAAAAAAAUCAUUUAGGUGGCAACCUACUACACUUUAGUGAGAGUUUUUGGUAAGAUCUAUUUAAUGAGUUUUGUGUAUAAUGCAUAAAAUCUGAAAAACCAAUACCUGCGUGACUGAGCUUGGACACAACUUGAGAGUAUCAAUGUAAAACAUCAUCUUUAAAAUCCAUUAACGGUAAACAAGAACAAGAUGUUAGUGGACAAGAACAAAAACGUUAACCCUCUGUGAGUUUCUGAGCCAGUCAACUAGCUAUUCCUGAGUGCAACUUCCAGCCAUGUGGUCACUACCUCUCCUUCGUCACACUGAUGUCCCACAAAGAGUGACGGAGAACUUCAUCCUGUCUGGUUACCGGUUCCCAGACUACAGCCUCCUGCAGUGCCUGGUCUCUGCUUUCCGCCCCACCAACGAGACUGGAAACUUCUGGACACACUUCCUCCCUAUUUUUGUCUUUGCCUUCCACUUCCUUGAGAUAUUUGAGUGGGAGGGAGCCCCGACUCCAGGUGACCCCUUUUUCUACCCUGCCUGGAACUACUUCAUUGGAGUUUUUUACCUGUUGCUGGCCAGUAGUCUGGCGCACCUUCUCAACUCCAUGUCUCUGAUCAUCCGCGAAAUUUGCUUCUUUGUGGAUUAUGGAACCAUAAGCGCGUACACUGUUGGUUCCUCACUGGCUUACUAUUAUUACAUCCACCCCCAGGCAGGGAUACCAAAGACUGAGGUUGGGGCACCAAACGCAUCUGACACGCAGCCAGAGAGGGGAGAGUUGCCUUCAUUAGUAUCCUCCUCACCCUCCUCUUCCUCCACCUCUCUUUUGCCUUUCUGCUCAUUCUUUGAGACCUUCUACAUCCCCUGCUCAUGCCUGGUAGCCAUCAUCUGCGUGAUGACCUGCUGCAACACCAGGCAGCGCUGGAGGAGGUACCGCUAUGCUGUCCGCACCCUCGUCUUCCUCCUGCCUUUCUUCAUCUCUUCCACGCCGGUUUUCUACCGCCUGCUCAGCCCCUUGCCGUCACCCCCCUGCCCCACGCUGCCUGCCCCUCCUCCGCCCCCCACCAUGGCCAGCUUCUUUUAUCGCCACUGCUUCUGGCUUUUGGUAUCGGCACUCUUCAACAUCAGCAAGGUCCCCGAGCGCUUCUCCCCAGGGAACUUUGACAUCUGGGGGCACAGCCACCAGUGGUUCCACUGCUGCACCUUCCUCUCCAUCCUUGAUGAGCUCCACAUGAUCAAGGUAGAGAUGCGAGCCCUGCUGCUCCACCCAUCGCUGGUCCUUUCACCAGCUGCACCCCCUGAACUCCCAGGCCCAACUCUCUCCUCCACCUACGGGGUGAUGAUGCUGUUGCAAGGAUGUAUAGCCUCCAUCAUCAUCUGGUUUGGGCGGUGCGCAUACCAGAUUUAUGCUCCUCAGCAGAAACUGCUGAAGACGCAGUGAGAAGAGCCAUAGACCGCAGUACAUGGCUUGGUUUGACAUCGGCCAUUAUUUUUUCGUACAGGGCAAGAUUAAGCACUCGUUUCAUCAUUUCACGCUUUUCAUCAUUUUGCUCAUUUACCAUUCCUCAGCGUGUGGUCCACUGCCGAGGAUAUAGGGCAUCCUUUGAUAAUGCACAUUUAACCAGUUUUCCAUAUGCUGCACACAGCUAUCCAUGUAGGGUUUAGUUAGAAGCAUGCUGUUUCACUGUUGUACGCUAGUUGAGAGUGUUUUGUUAGACUGAGUGUUCUCAAUUCAGCAGCCUUGCUCAGCCAUUGUCGUCCCUAGGAACUGUGCAGUAAUGCUUCCAGAGCAUCUGAGAAUAAGCUGGUUAUUCUAUCCUAAGGGGGCUCCCCUAGCACUGGGCAGUAUGAAAAGCUUUCAGAGUUUUCUGAGGAAACAUGAUAUCCUGUUAAAGCUUUUUGUUGCUGUCUCUCUGUCACACACGCACGCACGCACACACACACACACACACACACACACACACACACACACACACACACACACACACACACACACACACACAAAACUUCCUCUUACUUGUUUAUGAGCCCUUUAAACAGGAAGUAUAGCCGACAAGCUCAAAAAGUUUCUACCACAGUCUUUUAGAAUAGAGGAAAUGGUAGGGGAGUGACUCCACUGUUGAUGCUGAUGCACCUUAUUCACUCCAUGUUCCACCGGCUUCCUCUCACUGCAAAAAUUCUAAACUCUGAAUAAUAUACGAGAAACUAUCCUACUCUACUGAACUUCUUUUCGUUUGUAGAUGUGAUUCUCCAGUGUAUUCCCCAGAUAAAAUGUCUCAGCAUGUAAAGUACUGUAACCUAUGCAUGGCUCAUGACUGUACAUUAGAUGUAUUGCUUAUAAUAUGAAAGGGAGGGAGCUGAUGAUUUGGCAGAGCUGUGGUUUAAAAAGGAGGAUUCUGUCUUUAAUGGUGACUAGAGAAUAAAAAGCCAUAACAUUUUGCUUAUUUGACAUAUCAGCAUGAUCUCAGCCGGGGUUCCCCACUGGUGAGAUGCAUUUGCACUCAACCAACCAGAUGCUUUCAGGGAGUGGUACAUUAAAGGGCAUUUCAAGGAGUGCAGUGAAUAAUUUAAGAGUGUUUUGCCUAUUUUGUUAAUUGGUAAUCAAUUAUUAAUGUUACCUGCUCACUCCAUAGUAAAUGACUGUCUACAUCGGUCUUUAUACUUCUCAUCCUUUGCCCUUCUAACCAUCACUUGCCUAUAGCAGCUGGUUUGGAGGACUACUUGAAUCUUUCUGUGAUAGUAUGAAACAGUGUAAGAAAUGCCACCGUGAACGACUAAGUGCUUUUGUUGUUAGGUUCCAGUGCUGAACCUGUUUAGGCCUGUGUUCAGGGAGAAUUCCAGAGUAAGGGUGCAGAUCUGGCAUCAGAUCUUUAGUGUACAUCAUUGUCUGCGUCAGUGUGUGUUCACAGAAAAAAAACAGAAAAAAAAAAAAAAACGAAAAAAAAAAAACAAAAACGAACAAGCGCUCUUAACAUGAAAUGCUUCCUGAAUGCAGAUCUUUUUCUAGUGUGUACAUUGUUACCUGGUAACAUUCUGUCACAAAUCUCUCAUAAUUGUAUCAUUAAUCUCCUGUGUGACCUCAUGACUUUUAGGUUGCAAAUUACAUCGCAAAGCACUUUUUUAUCUGCCUUUUCAAAACUGCCCAAAACUAAUGUCAGUCACUGUAAUGGUUUAUUAAAUCAUGGUAAUAUAUGAUAGGUUUAUGACAGACUGCGCAUUACCUGUAACUGUAGCUGUACAUUUGCACAGUUUAAAAGAGUAGUCAUUUUGAAAAUAAAAGGGUUAGCUAUUAUCUGUAUUAUCUAUUAUCUUCACUUCUGAAUGUGACUGCUACAUGGGUGUCAAUAAUGUAUGACUGUGUCUUGAUUUCAGUCAGUGGUGACUCAGUUUUAGUGUUCACAUGGGUAUUUUGUCUCUGCUGUCUGUUUAUCGCUUGCAUAAAAAAACAAAAUAGAUGCUGUAUGUAUUCAGAAUCACUGCUGAAAGACUGAAUUGUAUGUGUAUGAACAAUACAUCAUGUGUUUUAUUAACCAUGUUUAUUUUAAUAACCAACUGAUAGCAGGAGACCUUUUGUUUGUUUCAGACUACCAUAUUACAGAAACCUCAUAAUGUAUGAAAUUCACAGUGCUUUUCGUGGUGGACAUUUCAGGAGUCACGUCAUAUUCAUUGGCACUGCUAUAUCUGUACACUGAGAUGGCGAGUUGAAUGUGAAUGUGUUGAUAUGUUUGCCUUCCUUCAACCAUCACUGAAAAGGUGUGUGGUAGCACUGGCAUUGUGAGACGGGCCCUAAACAAACCAUGGCGCUCUGCUGACUCUCUGAAAAGAUGAAUCUUCUUAGAAAGACUGUAUUUGUUUUCCAGAAUGGCUUGUGCAGCUAAUACAUUUGACAUAUGAAAUGUGCUGUGCAAAACAUAAUUUAGAGUCAAAUGUCCUUGUGAGAGCUUGUGCAAAGGUCACGGAUGUUACAGCCAUGUGUCUUCCCUUGUACUGCUACCAUCGCUUGAAAACAGGGACCUAACUCUUAACAUUUGAAAAUAAUGCACGUGUAAAUUAGGAAAGAAUAUGAAAUGCUUUAAUCGCCAAGGAUUUGCACAAUUCUCAGAAAGAGUCACAAUAGAAUGCAGGAAUGCUCCCCUUCAUGACAUCACCUGUCCUCUUUACCAGCAAGUUGGGAACCCUACAUUAUUAUUGUUGUGGUGUCUGGUUGGAGCACAUGUUUGUGGACAUUGUGUCUCUUAGUUAAAUAAGAUUUAAUUCCCACAAGUCUGUGUUACUCAAGAUAGUGCAUAAAUUUGUUACUGUUUCUCUAGAAGCUCGUAGCUCCUAAAUGAUAAUUUAUUGGGCCUUUGUUCUAAAGCAAAUGGACCUAACUGAACUACUAGAACUACUAGCUCUCAGGGUUAGACAAAUAGUCAAGAUUGUGGUCUUAAUUCUGAUUUAUAACAUAGAUCAUUAUAGUUAUAACUUGAUGACUACUCUUGAUGUCUUGAUGACAGUCAUUGAACUAAAGACUAAGAUAAUUGUAUGUAUAGAUUAUUUUUUAUUUUUCACUGUAUUAGAAAAUAAUUUCUUGGAAUUAAUAAAUUAAAAAUUUGCUGGAUCAACAAAGUCUGUUUAAUGAAUAUGUCUAAUAUGUAUAGAAUUUUUCUUUAAAAUGUAG